AUGUUCGACGGGGCUCGCACCAUAGUCAUCUUUGGCGAUUCCUACAGUGUCUCUUCUAAUGGCGCAUCCAACAACACUGAGAUGUCUUGGGUAUAUCAUCUGAAAGCUGAACAUCUAAAGGACAAUGUGACCGUCCACAACUUCUCGAUGGCGGGAGCGACAACGGAAGAUGACUUAGAGGUUCAAAUUGCUCGAUAUCUGUCCACGCCGAGUAAACCAUGGACGUCCUUCCCCAAGGCGAUUUGUUAUGUUUUCUUCCUUGGCAUUAAUGAUUGCGGUACAACUGAGGAGUGCCUCCUCAGCGAGAUUGUAGAGAAGAUACCCGAAGCGGCCGACCGUCUGUACACCGAAGUUGGUGCUAGAAAUUUCGUCUUCAUCAACGUUCCUCCGACUGAUCGUUCCCCUGGUGGCCUUCCACACGCGGAGAUCAUGAAGACGCGCAUUGAAACGUGGAACGAGGAGAUGCGAACACAUAUCUCCCAAUUCGUCGACGACACACCUACGGCCAGGGUGUCUUGUUUCUCCUCUCAUGAUAUCCUUUCCGCUAUUCUUGAUGACCCAGAGAAGUAUGGUUUUACCGAAGCUGAUGUCGUAGCUGAUCGCGGGGGGAUAUGGGUUGACGAGCUUCAUCUCACAUCGAGGGUACACAAAAUCAUAGCAGAGCGAAUGAAAAAGGGGUCAGGGGUCUAA